AUGGAUUCAACAUAUGUCGCACCAGAAUGUCUCCAAAAGGUUGAUGAAUACUUCAAAAAAACGCCUGUGAAGCAUUGGCAUGAUUUUGCCACCUUUGCCAAAAAACAACCAUCGAAUACCGUUAACAGCAUAUUAUCACGAUAUUGUGGCUCCUUAAUCGCUCUUAGCGAUGGAUCAGCCGUGCCAGAGAAAGUUCGAAAUUAUUGCAGGGACCUUCAUAAAGCAGCUACUACGUCGAAGAAGGAAUGUUUUAAAGAGAUUGCAAAACAUGUCAUAAAAGUCAAGACUGUCGAGGACCGUAUUGUUAGAUUGGAGAAGGAACUCUUGAUAAAUGCCAAACUGGUGAGCGGUUCACAUGUCGCUGUAGCUCUUGACAACUGGAAUCCUGAGGAUGUUGAGGAAGCACAAGACAAACUUGAGGAAGAGCAUGGGGACAGUGCAAAACUGCAGGAAGCACAAGACAAACUUGAGGAAGAGCAUGAGAACGAACCCCCAGACAGCAUUUCUACUCCACUCGAUGCUGGUCAAUUACUGAUCCCAAAUAAGCGAGUGAUAGCAGACCAAAACAUUCAAUCAUAUAUGGAUGACAUGCACAUCAUCGCAGCUGAUAGUAUGACACCAAAGGAACUAGCGGCAAGAGUAGGGGAAGAGAGAGCAAAGGAUAUUAUAUCAGCACGGAGUACCAGCCCUAAUAUAUGGACGGCUGUAGAGAAAUAUGUUGAUAGUGCUCUGCAGACCAAGAACACAGCUUUCGAAAACAGCAACAACAAUGAUGAGAACCUCUUCAAGUUGUAUUGCAAGAAAGUCUUGGACGAUUUUUUCAAUAUGGUCGACAUAUCUCCCAAUUUGAGCCGCGCAGUGGGAGAACGAAAAUAUUUGGCAUAUCACGUGGUGCCAUUAUUUAAAUUCUAUGAGCGAACCUUCAAUACGAUCGAUUUUGACUGGGCUGAAACACACAUGAGCUCAGCCAAAAUGAUGAAAUCUGCAGAAGACUCCGGCAUCAUACUAGCUGAUGCUAAAGGUACGCGGAUGCUGGAUGGAUUGGAGGUCUGGCAUCUUGAGAUUGCUGGACCUCCAAAACGCUGGACAAGAAUCCACAUACUUGGGGAUUCUAAGAAAACAAUGCGCACAGAUGCGCUCAACCUUUUGCGAAUUUUGGAAGAUAGGUUAGACUGUGAUGUUGCUCUUGCAAGCGACAUAAAGGUGUUCUCAAUGCUAGGCAUUGAUACACGCAUCACACUAUAUUCCCUGAGGAUGCUUAAGGAUGGCCAAUUUUUGGCAACAGAGUUGGCCACAGCAAUAGUCCCAUUCAGUUAUAAUGGAAGAAUGCAGAUGAAGGCUGUAUUACGUAUGAUGGCAAUAGUGCAUGAUGAGUUGACAAAGCAAGAAGCAUUAAUUACAGAAAUUGAUCGGCAUGUCACCUGUCCUGAAGGAAAAGUUACUGUCCAACAUUUUGCCAAUUUAGAUGGUAAAUCGCUAAAAAAUCAUAAAUUAAUUUUCGCUGAAUUAGAUGAUUAUGAACAACAGCCUUCCUCUCAUGAUUCUCCUUAUUGUUACCAUCGAGAGUGCGAUGUAUAUGUCCGCCAAACCAUAGCCAUGCACCUCACUAUUAUAAUUAUGAACAACAACAACCUUCCUCUCACGAUUCGAAAUUUCACUAUGUGUCAUCAACCGCCUCCUAUGGUCAAACAUCUCCAUAUCAAGAGGACACCUAUCACAAUCAGUGGUGAUCAUAUUGAGAGGACACUGCGUCAACAAUCAAUGAUGGUGAAACAUCUAUAUCAUGGUAGCUAUGCACCUCACCAUUAUGAACAAUAG